AUGAAGAUCAUUCAAGACCAAAUCUCACCUCUUACAAAGAGUAUCACUACUUUGGAACAAGGCUUAAAGAAGCAGGAUUUGCGCUUUCUGAAGGUAUGUACACAGUAAUCCCAAAACUAGACUACAAACAUUGCAUGUGGCAUCUGUUAGUUAGGAAACGGACAUGCAAUGCUUUCAGUUCAGUUUGAGGGUAAGGAUUAGAUAAUCUUAUCACCACAACAAUAUGCAGUGCAAUCAGUAUGAUUGUGGGUGACCAAUACCCCCAAGGAGCUGGUGCUGAUUAGAAUAGAGGGACAUUACUGCAGCUGUUGGGAUAGGAUCCAUUAUGAUGAUGGCUUCAGAUUUGUUUCCUUGUCUAAGGUAUAAUCGGUUGUUUUCUCCAUAGGAUUUUCCAAUGUGUUCUUGACUAUAUUAUAGCAUAAUAUCAUUAAAAUUGUGUUUUUCUCUUUCUUAUCUUGCUAGAGCUACAAAAGCAUCCAAAUGAGGUAUGUCCAACAUCUUUUAUUUCCCAAUAUCAUACAGUAUCUGUUUGUUACUAAUAUAGAUAACUGACUCUUCUUACACAUAAACGAUAUGGCCUAAAAAUCCCAUCUCAAUAUUUUAAUGGGUGGUGUUCAUGAAUUGCUGGAUGAAGCUUGGUGCCAAGCUCAACCCGAGUACAAUUGCACUGGAACACACCAAUGUACAUCAUGAAUGCAUGCAAUGAUUGAGCAGAAAUACGAAAUCAAGCAGCCAUAUUGGAUUAGCAAUAAAUCAAAGCAUACUCUUAAUUGAUAAGUGCUACUCCUACAUUUAUUUAAAAAAACGUAUAGACAGUAAGCGCAAUUAUAAACAAACCAAUCAUAACUAAACUUUCUGAGAGGAUUGUGUAGCUCAAUGACUUGGUUUGAAAUAUCUCUGAGAUUAUUUGGGCAUUGAUUUAAAACAUGUUGAUAUCGGGUUUAUUGAUUUCCUUUGUUUUUUGGUUAAAAUGCUAACAUUAGAGGUUAGGACUCUUUCCUUGUCCAUUGACUCCUUACAAGGUAAGAAUAACACUCACCCAUUAUUAUGCUUUAUAGUUGUAGGGCCCAGCUGCAGUGCACACCACAGGAUCCAAAGAUUCUAUCGGGAGUGCUCAUAGAUGUGGCCAAACACCUGGGUAAUCUCAAAUUUAGACUCUGGAAGAAGAUGCUGGUGAUUGUUAACCACAGUGAAUAACACUGAAAAUAGAAUAUGUUUGUGAUUAAUAUGAUGUAUUGUCGAUGAUAGAGUAGGUUUAACAGAAAAUUGUAUUUGUGUCACAACUUGUCUUUAUAGUCCGUUUUCAUGAUGUAGCUAUACCAAAGAAAAGUUAAACAUUGUAUAGACAUAGUAUUUCCUUAUCUUUAAGCUCCUGUGAUUCUGGAACCCAACACUUCUCCCAGCUUUCUCACUUUGUCUGAUGAUCUGAACAGUGUGUGA